AUGGCAGAUGAAAAACCUAAGGAAGCAGUGAAGACCGAAAGUAACGAACACAUAAACCUGAAGGUGGCCGGUCAGGAUGGAUCUGUGGUACAGUUCAAGAUCAAACGACAUACUCCCCUCAUCAAACUCAUGAAGGCCUACUGUGAGAGACAGGGUUUGUCAAUGAGACAAAUCAGGUUCCGGUUUGAUGGACAGCCAAUAAACGAGACAGACACACCAUCGCAGUUGGAAAUGGAAGAUGAAGAUACGAUUGAUGUGUUUCAACAACAGACGGGAGGCUACUUUUAA